CAUAAAAAAAAAAAUAAGAAUCACAUAUGAACAAACUGAACUGUCAAUCCUCUAUUUUGACUAUAAAAGUAUUUUUAAUUUUAUAUCUUUUUUUUUUGUUCAUACAUACUUUUUUAUAUAUAUAUAAAAAAGUAUGUAUGAACAAAAAUAACCCCACAAUCCCAUUGUGACAAUUGUUGAAUUUACUUUACAAUCAUUAUGACAUUGUCCCAUUAUAUUUCCAAAACCACCACCACAAUCUGCAUCAUUAUCAUCCUCAUCUUUAUAAUCAGUGAUGAUUACUGUCUUGGUUAGAAUUCGAUAUAAAUAACCAUUUCCUAAUAUUUUUUUUUGUAAUUUUAAAGAUGAAGAUUUAUUUGAGAACCAGAGUACAAGUAGUGAUGACAGCUCAACAGAAGACCUUACACCUGAAGCCCAAAAGAGAAUUAGUAAGCGAAUGUCGAAACCGAAUGAGAAAAAAUCAGGGGAGACUGGAUAUAAAGAUAUGACUUACAUUUGGGACUUUGCUGGCCAGCAGCUCUACUACAUCACACAUAAAAUAUUCCUAACGAGCGAGGUGGUGUAUUUGAUUUUGUUUAGCCUGAUAGAAUGCAUGUACGCAAAAGGGAAGCGUAGGAUAGAUGGAGAGGAAAGUGAUGUGAUGACAUACGAUAUGACAAAUAUAGAGAUUAUCAAAUACUGGAUGAGGAUGAUAUAUACGUACGCUAUCCCAGUUCAGACACAAGAUAAACAGCUACGAGCCAAGAAACCCCAAAUUGUGGUGGUUGGUACCCACAGCGAGAGCCUAGAAGGGACCAGUGACGACAAGAAGAAACAGAUUAAAGAACAGUUUAAAAUAAUAUUCAAAGAAAUCAAAGGCACGCCAUAUGAAUGUCACGUGGUGAGGGAAAUGUAUGCCAUCGACAACAAGUUUCCAUUGAAAAGUGUGAUGCUGAAGACUCUUAAACAAGAUGUCAGCGGAUUUCUCAAAGCGAUGCCCAAAACAAUUCCGCUUAAGUGGCUUGAUUUCCAAAGUCAAAUCCAGGAGAUUGGUAGGAAAGCAAUACGCAUGACUUAUGUUAAGGUUUGUGAAGUUGCCACUAAGUGUGGAAUUUCUGUGGAUAACCUCAUUCACACCCUCAAUUACCUACAUGAUCUUGGAAUCAUUCUGUACUUUGAGAACAACAGAAUACUGAAGCAUACAGUGAUAACAAACCCACGGAAGCUGAUUGAAAUAUUCAAGAAAAUCAUCACAGUGGUGGAACCUAAUGACAGUGAUAAGUGGCCUAUAAUGAUGACACUUUGGAACAAACUUGAUGACGAAGGUAUCUUGGAGGAGGAUUUAGUCAGACAUCUUUGGAGAGAUGAGCUCAGCCAAGAUGAAAGUAGCCUUGAGGUCUUCUUGGAACUAUUGAAGCAGUUUGGACUUCUCUGUGAGCAAAAGAAUGUGGAAAGCAGACAACGCUCAUUUUUUGUGCCCUGUCGAUUGAAACGUAGCAAAGAGAGUUUGUCUAUCGAACCGGACACGGAUGAGAUGGUAUCUAUCUACAUGGCCUCCGAGGAUUUCAUCCCUGAUAGUAUCUUCCACCCUUUAGUUGUCAGCUUGAUUAGAAUGGUGCAAGACAUGGGUUACACGGCUAAACCAGAGUUAUUCAGCAACAAUGCAAUCAUAGCUCUAGGAUGUGAUCACAUUCUCAGCCUAGGACCAGUAGUUAUUAAUAACAAACCCUCCUUAAAGCUUGAAGUAUUACGCAAGCCUAUAGAUCAAGAGGGAGAUACGAAUCCCAGUCCAAGAGUCUGUAUGCCGGUGUUGGAUUUUCUGAAGAAAGAGAUGAAAUUACUGACAUCUGGAAUGAAGCACACAGGAUAUACAUUCCGUGUCCUGUGCUGGAAAGACUCGCAAGAAACACACUUCCACGAUUUAGAAGAGUGCUUGACGAACAAUAACAUUCCAUGCGGGAAGAGAUAUAUAAAAACAAGCAAACUACAGAGGAUGUUCAAGAAUAAAAAACUUGAGACAGGUAACACAGAUUCAACAUACCCACUUACAUUAAUUGGAUUUAAUUAUUCCUGUAAAAGCAUAGAUAUUGUCAUUUAAUAAAAUAUAUUAAUAAUACAGUACUCUAAAUUUAAUUUAUUUAUCAAUAUUUUUAUUUGAUUUUUUAUUCUAUUUCAGCACCGAUUCCCAGUGAUACAACAACACUGCCACCAGGUUAGGGUUUUAAACAUUUUCAGAAUUUCAUGUUUUGUAGAUAUUAGCCUUUAUUGUCAAAUAAUAAAAAUGUAUACAUACAUAAUAGAAAUGUAUUGUAUAUAAAUGUUUUUCAAUAUUUCU